AAACAAAAUAUGGAAGACACGAAUUCCAAAACACGACGCCAUGGUCAAAGAGUCAAGGGUGGUAUCAUCACCAUGCCCUUCAUCUUCGCAAACGAGGUUGGCGAGAAGUUAGCCGUGGUUGGAUUUCAAACAAACAUGAUUAGCUACUUAACACAACAACUUCAUAUGCCGAUGACUAAAGCCGCCAACACUCUCACCAACUUUAGCGGCACCGGAAGUUUGACACCGUUGCUCGGAGCUUUCAUGGCGGAUUCUUUCGCCGGCCGCUUUUGGACCAUCACCGUCGCCUCCAUCAUUUACCAAAUAGGAAUGAUAUCUUUGACAUUAUCAGCGGUGUUACCCAAGUUAAAACCGCCGCCAUGUAAAACCGGUGAAAACUGUGAAGAACCCAACACGGGUCAACUCGCGAUUCUUUACAUAUCGCUUUUCUUAACGGCGGUUGGGUCAGGCGGAAUCCGGCCGUGUGUGGUGGCGUUUGGGGCGGAUCAGUUUGAUGAAACGGAUGAGAAACAGAAGACGAACACGUGGAAGUUUUUUAACUGGUAUUAUUUCUGCAUGGGGGCGUCGAUGUUAGUGGCUGUGACUGUGAUUGUUUAUAUUCAAGAUAAUGUUGGGUGGGGUUGGGGUCUUGGGAUUCCUUCCAUGGCUAUGGUGUUUUCGAUUACUACUUUUGUGAUCGGGUAUCCGCUGUAUAGGAAUAUGGUUCCUGCGGGUAGCCCGUUUACCCGGUUGAUACAAGUGUGUGUUGCUGCUUAUAGAAAGAGAAACUUGGAUAUGGUUUCUGAUGAUUUGCUUUAUGAGAAUGAAGAACUUGAUGCCUCCAUUUCGGUUUCUGGGAAGCUUCUUCACACUAAACAAAUGAAAUUCCUAGACAAAGCUGCGAUUGUGACCAAAGAAGACAAUGCAAAAGGGCAAUCAAAACCUAACUUAUGGCGAUUGAACACAGUCCAUCGAGUGGAAGAACUAAAGUCACUGAUCAGAAUGGGGCCAAUUUGGGCAGCUGGGAUUCUUCUAAUCACAGCUUACGCACAACAAAACACUUUCUCCCUCCAACAAGCCAAAACAAUGAACAGAACCCUAACAAAAUCCUUCCAAAUCCCAGCAGGAUCCAUGACUGUUUUUACCUUAACCUCAAUGCUAACCACAAUCGUCUUCUACGAUCGUGUUUUCGUCCCCAUCGCACGUAAACUCACAGGGCUAGAACGGGGGAUUUCGUUUCUUAGCAGAAUGGCAAUCGGAUUCUGUAUAUCGGUUCUUGCCACAUUGGUCGCCGGAUUCAUUGAAAUAAAGCGCAAAAAUGCAGCUUUUGAUCAUGGGUUGAUAGACAAACCUCAUGAAACGAUUCCAAUUUCUGUUUUCUGGUUAGUACCUCAGUACUCCCUUCAUGGUAUCGCUGAAGCUUUUAUGUCAAUUGGCCAUCUGGAAUUUUUCUACGAUCAGGCUCCGGAGAGCAUGAGAAGCACUGCAAUCGGAGUGUUUUGGAUGGCGAUUGCUGCUGGAAAUUACCUAAGUACCCUUCUCGUCACCAUGGUGCAUAAAUUGAGUGCAGGUCACGAUGGAUCAAACUGGCUGCCGGAUGAUAAUCUGAAUAAAGGAAGGUUGGAAUAUUUUUACUGGUUGAUAACAUUGCUUCAAGCUCUUAACCUGGUUUACUACUUGUUUUGUGCGAAAUUCUAUACUUUGAAGCCUAUUGAGGUUGCUCAUAGUCGUAGGGUUGAUGAAGAUGAUACUAAUGGUAAAGGUGAUGGGGUUGAGCUAGUAAUGAAUGUCUAAAUGAAUCCCCAUUGUUGAUAUGCACUUCCUUUUGUUGAAGUACGAACUACGAUGCAUUAGAAGGUGUAUGUAGUGACUAAAAUUAAAAGGGCGUAUAUGUAAUUCCAAG